AUGGAUCAUUCUUUGCCGCGGGCGGCAUCACAUGCCAGGGACUUUGUCCGAAACUGGCUGCAUAAGAUCGAUCAAACUUUUGGAGGAGAUAAUUCUUCGCAGAAUACACGGGCUGCCACCGCAUCUACCUCGAACUUCAACGGAUAUGUAUCUCUCCCCGUUCAAGGCAUUGUUCUUCAUGCUGGAAGUUGGCUGCGUCGGCAUACUUCGUCUUUUGCGGCGCCGCUAUGGAUUCUACCCAGUUUUGUCACGGACAGCCUCAAUCACAAACCACGAGCGAAGACCUCGUCGGGGAACAAAAUAUCUGCGCUCGAUGGCCUUCGAGGUCUGUGCUGCUUGAUGGUGAUGCACAUGCACUGGACUUUCGCCUUGACCGAUUCUAAUGAUGGCGGCUCAUGGGAGACGAACAUGAAAUAUCUCUUUCAUCGACCUUUUUGGUAUCUCCUCUGGGCAGGGACCAGCCACGUUAAUGUCUUCUUCGUUCUCAGCGGUUAUGUACUGUCUGUGAAAUGUCUGAAUAUGGUGCAUCAAGGAGUCCCUGCUCAUCGAUUCAUUUCGUCUGCAGUGCUCCGACGUGCGACUCGGAUUUUCCUACCACCAAUUGCACUGAUGUUUAUAUACCUAGUGGCUGUGAGAUUACACAUUUUCCAUAACAGCGUCGCAAUUCGGGAAGAGAAUUCCUGGUCUCAAGAGUUUCAGCUCAGAUUCUUCGAACCUUGUCCACCGCUCUAUCCAUCGUUUUCCCAGCAGUUUUGGGAUGUCAUCGGCGCUACUCAAAAACUUCUGGAUCCAAGCACACAUUUUGAGCUGCCAGACUACGGAAAAUACGAUAGCCAUCUCUGGACAAUGCCUACCGAGUUUUACUGCUCGUUGGCGCUGUUUCUCGUCUUAGUGGCUACAUGUCAGCUUUGGACUCGUUAUCGAGUCCUACUUCAUGCUUUGCUUGUCGCUUGGUGUUGGCUCACAAGCCAUCAAAAUCAUGGGUUGUUUUUCUUCGGACUUCUUAUUGCAGAGUUGGAUAUUCUUCUGAAGGCACGAUUCAGGCUACCUCAGGAACCGCCGUCCAGCUCGGCUGUGACGCAAAAUACCGCCAAGCCCUGGGCUUCACUACAAGCAAGGCUACCAAUUGGAGUGGCAUCUUAUUUCGCUAUCUCAAAUAUUAUAUCGACAGUAGCUUGCUUUUUGGGGCUCUACUUGCUCUCGAUGCCUCUACUAUGGGCAGAAGAAACACCAGGUUUCAGGGGCUUUUUCCACUACAUGCCAGCAUACAUGAAUACCGGACAGCAGGGGGAUGCUCUGCGUGCCUUGGGUGCUGUUCUCACUGUGUGGCCCAUUACCUUCACAAGCACAAUCAGCGGCGAUGCAUCCUCAACACCAAUAAUCAACUUCAUCCUCUGCAACCCUGUCUCUGCAUAUCUCGGUCAGAUAUCUUUCGCGUUCUAUCUUAUCCACGGCUUUGUGAUCCGAAGCUUAGGAUACUCGAUCCUGCCUUCCCUGUACGUCUUCGUCAUCGGCAGCGGCCAGCGACGGGCCGAGCUGGCGCCCACACAGUACAUGACUGGCCAGGUAUAUGCAGCCGAAGCGAGGUUGACGGCACGAGAACUUGGCACCAUUUGGGUUUUGGGAUAUCUCAUCGUUCUACCCACGUGUAUCUGGAUGGCCGAUUUGUUUCAUCGGUUUAUUGAUCUGAAAUGUGUUGCGCUGGGUAGGGCGAUGGAGGAGAAGAUGAUCAUGAAAGAUGAGGCUGCGAUGUCACUGCCCGUCGCGGCUGGCAAGGUUUCUUGA